AUGACGGUACCAACGGCUGUACUGGGAGCUGCGCUCGUCGCCGCUACGAUUUUCAGGGUAUUGAUUCACCCUCUUGUUGUAUACUUCCAAGACCCCCUUGGUCUCCGAGAAUAUCCAGCACCUGGCCGCGGCCUGGCAGGUGUCACGAAUCUUUGGAAUGCCUAUCAAGUGUACCGCCUUCGCCGAUAUCAAAUUGUGCAUAAAGCUCAUCUCGAGCUUGGGCCGGUGAUCAGGAUUCAACCCGACCAUCUAUCAUUCAACAUUCCGCAAGCAGCAGCACAGAUUUACGGCCAUGGAUCUAAAAUGCACAAAGGGGAUUUCUAUGAGAUCUUUCGGUCUGCUGGUGGAGAAGAGAACAUCGUGGGCACUCGCAGCAAGGAGGAGCAUUCGAGAAAAAGGAAGAUGAUCUCUGCCGGCUUCGCAAUGUCUAAUGUUGUGCAGAUGCAGGCAGACAUCAGAAAGGUCAUCCAAGAGUUUCUUUGCGUCCUCGACGAGCAGCCUAAAUCAGUCAAACGGCCAGCGCUGAACUUGCGAGUCUGGAUGAACCUCCUCACGUUCGAUAUCAUAGGUGUGGCUGGGUACGGCGAAUCUAUGGAUUUUGUGCGACACGGCCACGAUUGGGCACCGGCACAGUCUCGAGACGGGAAAUGCAAUUAUGCAACUCAGGCCAUUGAGCCGUUUCAUGAAGUGUCAGUGCUAGAGUCCAUCCUUGGUCUUUGGCCUGAGUAUCUCCCCACGAGCCGCAGGCUACUCUGGUGGACCAAGCCUCAACAACAUGGUACUGCAUUUAUCGAUAUGUGCAUCAAAAAGCUGCGGGCACGACUCGCAAGGGGACCGACGUUAGCCUACAAAGAUCUGUUUGGCCACUAUCUAACGGACCGGACUGGCAAAGAACAUAAGCUACCUUUCGAAGAACUCGUCACUGAGAGUAAUGUCAUUCUCAAUGCUGGAUCAGAUACUACGGCGACAGCAAUGACCAAUAUACUCUAUCUUCUCAUCAAGCAUGAAGAGGUUAUGAAGAAGCUGAGGCAUGAACUGGAUAGCGAACUGGCCCCUGAUGUCCUGAUUCCCGAUUAUGAGCAGGUAAAGGACCUUCCGUACCUCAAGGCUUGUAUUGAAGAAGGUCUACGGAUGCGGCCACCCUUGUCCCUUGGUCUGCCAAGAAAGACAGUAGAAGAGACAGUUAUCGCUGGCCACACCAUCAAAGCCGGUGUCACGGUGUCAGUGCCGACGUGGUCCUUACAUCACAACCCAGAGCUCUUCCCAGAUCCGGACAAUUUUUGGCCCCAGAGAUGGCUCGCAGCUGAUGACGACAACCUCAAACGAUAUGUGAUGCCAUUCUCUCAGGGACCUCGAGCAUGCCUCGGACGCAAUCUUGCUUAUUUGGAAAUGCUUGUGAUAGUUCCCACGCUGAUACGCAGAUACGACUUCAGCUUCCUGGACAAAGAUUUCGAACUACCGGCCUUAGACCGCCACGUGGCAAAUCCAGGAGACUGUCUCAUCCGUGUUGCACGGCGCGAGGAAUAG